AUGUCAGCCCACCUAAGUCAUGAAGAGUUUUUUGGCAAGUUGGCCGAGCUAUUCGAACAGCGCAAGAGAAAAGGCCACGGCUCGAUAUUCCUCGUUCAGAAACGAUUAUCCUACGGCCAAGAGGCAUCCUUGCCAUCGGCCAGCGAAUCCUUCCCCGAUCUCCACCCGGCAAAACCACUCCCUGUGAUUGUGCGCGCAACGAACGGCAAGUCGAAGAAACACAGAGACGACAAGAUCAAGCUGUCGACAAUUGUCCGACCCGAGGCUCUGGAUUCCUUCUACGCCAGCUACGCCGAAAUCUGCAAGGGAGGUAUGGUGGCACUUAAACCCCGAGAUAGGAGCAAGAAGAAGGCCAAGGCGAGAAAGAAGAAGGGAGGUGCAGUCACGGUCCUCGCUGCGGCCUGA